AUGAGCCCUCGCAAGAAUUCGAAGAAGGUUGAAGAGCAACACCCUCCAGCACCAUUCGCGGAGGACGAUACCGCUUCCCAAGGUGACGACGAGUUUGAAGGCCUCAGUCAAGAGUUCAUUGACCAGUGUCUGGCGGCCUACCACGCGCUGGAUAAUCUGAAUCUUAACGACGACGAAAAUGAGAAUGGAAACGAUGACUCUUCUGAAGACUCACAGUCCAUCCCAGACGGAUACGAGCAAGAACGGCGCGGCGAGAUUGAAUUCCUGCGUUCGAACGGUAACGAGCUUCCAUCGCAUUUCCGGGUAAACUACCGUACUGUUAACCACCCUCAAAGUCCACCAGCUCCGCUUCAGCACAACGCGGUUCCUGUAGCUCCACCUCCAACUUUCAACUUUCGAGAGGCUGCAAACCCCGCUCCUAUGCCUUUUGCAAAUGUGCCGCAAGCUCUCCCUGUAUGGCACUUUGAUAGGGGGAUUCAAGCAGCGCUCCGACGAUAUCGUCGCAAGCAUCGUCCGCUUGACGGCUUCCCCGAAGAACGCCACCUAAGGGCCUCGGCACCAGGAAGAUACAGUCGUGGUGUUGAAGGCAUGCCCCGCGACUUGUUUCCUCAUCGGUCUGUGCCGAUCAUGCGUCGUCCCAACGGAAGACAGAACGAACGAAUGCCGUUUGCACCGCCACGCCCAUUGGAUAGGGACAUGGCUCCUCCCAUGGAACGCGACCUCCUGUUUGAAAUGUGGGCCGAUGCCUUUGUUGAGAGUAGAAGGAUGGAGCAGGAUAUGGCAGCAUUCAGGGAAAGACUCCAGCGACUGUACAAGUUCUGUUACAGGUCUUAG